AUGCACUUCAAAAUUGCAGUGAUCAGCUGUUUACUGGCUUUCUGCCAAGCCGGUUUGAUUGAAGAAAGACAUGGGCAAGCAGUUUCUAGUCAAAGUAUAGUUCGUCAUGAUGAGUCUAGUAAUCAACAGCAGCAGCAUUAUACUCCUGUUGUGGCUCAGCAUUCUGCCCCAGUUGUGCCUCGUGCAGUUCCUGCCUUCGAGCAGACAGCGUACCUUCAGCAUGGCUCCCCAAUUGUCCACGCUGCUCCUCUAGUCCAACACGUGGCUCCGGCAGCUAUUCAUCACGCUCCCGUAGUGCAGCAUAUCUCCCCCGUCGCCAUUAGACAGGACGAACAAGUCGAACACCACGCUCCUGCGAAAUACGAAUUCUCGUACUCCGUGGAGGACCCUCACACCGGUGACCACAAGUCCCAGCACGAGACUCGUGAUGGCGACGUAGUAAAGGGAGAGUACUCUCUGCUGCAGCCGGACGGUUCUGUCCGUAAGGUCGAAUACACCGCUGAUGAUCAAAACGGGUUCAAUGCGGUCGUGCACAACUCGGAGCCAUCAGUGCAUGCAGCGCCACCGAGCCCCACGCCAGUGGUUCACGCUACUCCAGUGGUUCACUCGGCCCCUGUUGUUCACGCAGCCCCCGUAGUUCACGCUACGCCUGUUGUUCACGCCGCCCCUGUGGUUCACGCGGCGCCUCUCGUUCACGCCGGUCCACUAGUUCACGCAGCCCCAGCCCACUACGUCACCACCCACCACUAA